CUUCUUUUAUUGCAGUAGAAGAGGCACUGUAAGCAAUAUAUGUUUGUUAAUCUUUUAGCUUUAGGCUUCUCUCCCUCCUCCUCUGUCGAUGCCUGGUGUACUUAUGUGCCACCAUAUGUAUUUGCGCGCAUAAGCCUUUCACGCAUGUUGGUUUUUUGCGCGUAUUGGUCUGUACUCGAAUUGGCCACUGCCCCUAUAAGGCUGCCACCCACACGGACGGCACGGUAAAAACUGCCUCUGCGCCUACCUGUUGUAGAUGCAUAUACGCGUAGGUUACUUUGUCGAUAGAUGCCACGCGCACGUUCUAUGUUCCCGCCAUUACUGUUCAAUUUUUUUGUAAAAAAAACAGCAAAACAGCGAAGCAGCGAAACGGCGAAACAGCAAAAUGGUGUCGUUGAGAUUAGAUAAUAACAGAUAUAUAGCGUUUAAUCAGGACUAUGGCUGCCUGUGUAUGGCCAAUGAGAAGGGGUUUAAGAUUUACAACACGAAUCCGUUUACGCAGACGUAUAGUAGAGACCUAACCGACCGGAAUAAGAACGGACUGUACCUCGCCGAGAUGCUGUACCGAUGCAACAUCCUGGCCAUUACAGGGAACAAAAAUGAUAAGAAGGGAAAGUGGGCGAAAAACGUGUUAAUAAUUUGGGAUGAUAGACAAAUGAGAGAAAUAGCCAAAUUAACAUUUUCCUCCAACAUUAUAGGAGUGAGGCUACUAAGAGAAAUCAUUGUGGUCAUUUUGGAAUAUAAAUUAUGUAUAUACAGACUGAAGGAUAUUAUUCUUUUGGAAACUUUAAAUACAUCAAAAAAUGUCUCAGGGCUAUGUUGCUUGUCUAAUAUAGAUAAAAAUAUUAUCAUAGCUUAUUUGUCCCCCAUAAAGGGUCGAGUGAAUAUACAUAUCUUCGAAAUAAAUUCCAGUGAAAAUAUUCAUGAAGAAUUACCUUAUAUAAAUUUUAAGACAAAUUUGAGUAUAUAUGCUCAUGACAAUUCAGUAGCAUGUAUUAACUUAAGUAAUGAUGGUAAAUUACUAGUUACGUCAUCCACCAAGGGGACCAUCAUCAGACUGUUUAAUACUUUUGAUGGGACUCUACUAAAUGAAUUCAGGAGGGGAACAAAAAAUGCGAAAAUUCUCUCCCUGAAUAUUAGUGAAGAUAACAACUGGCUUUGCUUAACGUCUAGUACAAACACAGUACAUGUAUUUUCUAUAUACAAAAAAAAAAGGCCUUUACGGAAAGUUGAUAUUAUAUGUAAGGGCAAGAAUUUAUCCCCCCCAGCGUUACUCAAUUAUGAAAAAGAGUCCAAAAAUAAAAAAUCCAAUUUGAAAUGUCUCUUACCAUGUCAUCCGUAUUUGAAUAGUGAGUGGAGUUUCGCAACGUACAAAAUCCCGGGCAAAAAAAUUUCCUCCAUUUGUGCCUUUGUGAAUGACCAAAAUUGUAUCAUCGUUAUUUGCUCCAAUGGCAUAAUUUACAAGUUGCGCUUUAACGAGCAUAUUGGGGGAGACAUGUUUAAGAUUUCGUCACACAGCUUUGACUAA